ACCGUGUUGGAGCUUCUUAGAGUGACGGAGCAUUUGAGCCAGAGACUGAGCGAUGUGAGGCUUCCAUUCAUCGUCCUCCAUGGAAAUGCGGAUGUUGUUACGGACCCGAGUGUGAGUAAGGCUCUGUAUGAAGAGGCGAAGAGCGAGGACAAGACGAUCAAAAUUUACGAGGGCAUGAUGCAUUCUAUGUUGUUUGGGGAGACUGAUGAGAAUGUGGAAACUGUUCGAAAUGACAUUCUUGCUUGGUUUAAUGGAAGAUGCAGGAGAAAGUGAAGGAGAUCGAAUUGGAGAAUGUAUCCAAAUUGUUUGGUUGUUUAUUUAAGUUUUUUGGGUUGUGAAUGAAUAUCCAUGGCUCUUGUUCUGCUGGGAGUUUUGGGUUGGAUUUGAUUAUUACAUUAUUCAUGGAGAAGAUGAAAGCUCUGAUUGCUCAUUGAACUUAAAGUUGUUGGCUUCUGAUUCAGAUGAAACCAGAUUUUCUCUUCUAUUGUACAAUGGGUUCGAUUGUCUAAUAUGCAUUUUUCCAUGGGUUUGUUCUGGAGAAAAAAUUCCAACGAUGUCAAUAUUACCGAUAUGAUGAUUUACACCUUAAAUUACUUGGGGAUUCUUAAAA